AAGCACCGGGCUAAAAGCAGUACCCCAUUAGCACUCUCUCUCUCUCUCUCUCUCUCUCUCUCUGAUAUUACUGUGGUGCUGUUGGAUGAUGAAGAAAGGGACUUUUCCUUCACUACUGUGUGCUCUGGUUGUGGUGGUGGUGCUAGCGAAUGCACGGGUGACCGAGGCGGUGACGUGCAACCCCUUGGAACUGAGGCCAUGUCUAGGGGCAUUCACAUCGGGGCAGCCGCCGUCGGCAGGUUGCUGUGACAAGGUGAGGGAGCAGAAGCCUUGCCUCUGUGGGUACAUCAAGAACCCUAACCUCAAAAAGUUUGUCAACUCUCCGAACACUCGAAAGGUUGGCGCCGCUUGUGGUGUCCCUUACCCAAAAUGCUAGAAUAUUUACAAAUCCCAAACAAAAGGAAAAAUUAAGAUAGUAUCACUAUUAUCAUGAAAGUGAAAGAAAAAUGGAUCACUACCUGUCUACUUGUUUAUGACCAGUUUUAAAGAAUAUAUAAUAAUAAAACUUUGUUGGUGAGAUUGAAUCGCCGGCAGAGCCGUUGUUGAGUCUGGUCAUGUCUUUUUUUACUGGCUAGUUGUGUCGCGUCAUCUACCACAAGUUAUGUAUUAGGAGAAAAUAAUGGAAAACAUGUGGUACGUACUACUCUGCUUCUAUUGUUUCUAGAUCUGUGUCUCCAGUAGUUUUUGCUGUAUACAAGAGCUAAGGGCCAUUUUUUUCUAU